UUCCCAUUCGUUCAAAAUAUGGCGUUCAAACGAAGAUGUCUCGAUGCCAGUCAGGAAACAAUCUUGAAGUAUUUUCAAGUUUGCCGUGAUCCGUGUGAGAGAUUUUAUUGUCUUACAUUUUGAAAUAGGUUUCAAUACCUUUUGCUGAGGUUGUAAACAUAGUCAAUCCCUAGAAUACCUAGUGUUUAAUAAUUCUUGACGUUUCAAAGACUACACAUUCUUACAAGAGAGAAAACAACAAUACAUAGAGAGAGGUUGGACAAACUCUAAGAAUUUGUUCAUGAUUAAUACACCAUAAUUGCAUGUAAGCAGUGUUAAUACCUGGUGGUUGUUGCUGAAUUUGUGACAUUUGAAUAACUUAUAUAGUAACAUCAAGCAACCUGUCUACACAUGCAAUACCAACUCCCUCACAGUCUGUCACCACUAGCAACAGUCCAACAAUGGCCAGCAAUUCCUUAAGAUCCCGAAAUAAAAAAUCCACCGAAGAUGACCACUCCCGAGACAGCUCAGAUUUAUCAGUAUCUGACGACAGUGGGAUGUUACAGACUCGGUUGGAUAAAUGUGAGCUGAAGGACAGUGGGGUUCGGCUAGAUGUGAAACCAAAGAGCAAGAUCACCCUCACGUUAGAUGUACUGGUUGCAGACAAGAUUCAGCAGGAUGAGUUGGACAGGAUGAACAGAGAGCUUCAGGCUGAUUUGAAGUGUGGUGGCGUUAGCAACAUGUUAGCUGAAUUGAACGAACCAGAUGGAAUGUUACCAGAACACAAGAAGCAACUAGAAAUGCUGAGCAAUUUCCCACAGCACAACAUCAAUGAACUUCCACCGUGGGAGACACUGUUCGAAGCCUCCAAUUAUUGUUGCCUCUUCAACUCUGACCUGCAACUCAGCCAUAUAAAGUUUCUGCCUGGGAACAGUAAAAUAGACAAUACACUGGCAAACACAGAAGGUACCGAACAGCUGGAAUUCAUCUUGAAGUCUGAUAUCCUGCGCAUUGUAUGGUAUGCCGUGUCCAACAAAAAUUUGGUCCUUCGAUGGCUGUUCUUCUUAAUGUCUAUUCACAAUGACGUCUCGGUGAGUGAAGCAUGUUAUCAGAUCAUACUGAACGCAAUCCAGCUACAACUCUCAUCUUCCCGGACGAAAAACACGUGGGCACCAGACAUUGCAGAUAUAUUGCGUAUAUUUAUAAACUAUGGUGCUCCAGUCCAUGACCUUGUGCCCAACCAAGCAUUUCUUCGUUCUCUACCUCUAGGGGCUCUGCAAAAACCCAUCAACACAAAUUGUAAGCAUACGAAGCAAGACAAAUCAAGUACCACAACAUCAUCUCCCAGAAAUGCUGAUUCUGUGCAGCUUAAAGGUUUACAAGAUGCUGCAUCGGCCCCGAAACUCAGAAAAUCUGAUAAAGCACAGUUUAACAGCACUGGUUUGGUUUAUGUCCUUUCUGUGUUAAGUUUCGUCCUUGACUCAAGGCCAUAUUAUACAACAGACCAGCUCUCUGCCUUGUUUUUAAUGCUGUGCAAAGUCCGGUUGGAUAUUCAUAUUGCCACGGAUCCACUGGUCAAGAAUUUGCAAGCUGUUCUCUCAAGAAUCAUCCAGAAAUUUCCAGCUGCAGAAUGGCCACAAACGGCCAUCAAUCUGUCCAUUGACCUGACCACAUUGACCAGGGACCCCCAUAACAUGCUCUUCCUCACACAGACCUUACCACACUGUCAACAGAGUGUUGAACUCAGGCAGAGAUUGGCUACACUACAGCUAUAUGUGAUCACUGAACAGAAUAUAUCCACUAUCAGCAAAGAAGAUGUUAAUAUUUCUCAAUUGUUUUGUCUGUUUCCUCACCUGAAAUCAUUUGCUCAGAACAAGCUCAGUACCCUCUCUGUAACCGUCGACUUACUCAGUAUUGCAGUUGGAGGGAGCUCCCUUCAGAAAUCUGACCGGGAAAACUUACAACAGGUUAUGCACGAGGUGAUGCAGUUAUCUGAAUGUCUUCGAGACAAUGGAAGAACUGUUGCCUGCUCUGUGGUGAAAAACAAAUUGGUGAUUCUUAGUAACCGAUGGAAGAUAUUCUUGGAAACAAUUGGAUUAACUCAGAAAAAUCUCUUUGCCUGGACCCGCAUAGACCGGCCCCAGGAAUCCAUUGAAACGGCGUCAGAGGAGAUGGCAAUUUGUGAAGAGAUUAUAUUAUCCGACUCUGACAGCACCGUCUGCAGUGAUUCCGGUUCACUCUCAGACUGCAGUAUAUUCAGCCUGCCAGAGAUCUAGGCAACUAAUGUGAGAUUGCAGACCUGGCAACUAAUGUGAGAUCGCAGCCAUGGCCGAUGCCAGUGUUGCAUGUCCGGCCCAUUAAAAAGUACCCUUGAUGCAUUGGGUGAUAUGAUAUUCUUGAGAAGACCUAUUGAGUCAAGUAAAACUAAGAUAGUAGCUGUGGCCAGUGCCCCUUGAACGGCUCCCAUGCCAGUGGCAUGUAAAAAGUACCAUCCGAGCGUGGUUGAUGCCAGGUCUGCCUGACUAGCUCCCAUGCCGGUGGCACAUAAAAGUCACCCACUACACUCUCCGAAUGGUUGGCGUUAGGGAGGGCCUCCAACUGUAGGAACCUUGCGAGAUCAGAUUGGAGCCUGGUGCAGCUGCUGGCUUUCCAGACCUCAGUCAAACCAUCCAACCCAUGCCAGCAUUUAAAACGUGUGUUAAACGAUGAUGAUGAUGGUCUGUAGAGAUAACCUUAACAAAUGAUGUAAAAAGCACACUGCUAAUGCAGUAGAACGUGGUAUUGACUUAUAAAAAUGUUUAAUAUACUUUAUACUAUACAAGGUACAGCAGAAGUAAUGUCCUUUUUGCAUUUGAUAACUUUUAUAGUAUAAAAAUUCUUAAUAUUAUGGAGAUGUACUUGCAUAGCAAGUGACUUGAUCUGAGAUCGUGUGCUGGAACGAAAACAAUUGCAGCAUGGAAGGUGUUUAUAAGCCAUUUAAGAAACACACAAAAACCGUUAGAUUCACUUCAACAUUUAAAUUUAAUUUGUCAAUAUAUUUUCGUCGCUUUGAGACCGCGACCUGCUGCAGCACGGAAUUUUGUCAGUGAACAGGUCGCGGUCUCAAAGCGACGAAAAUAUUUUGGCAAAUUAAAUUUAAAUGUUGAAGUGAAUCUAACGGUUUUUGUGUGUUUCUUAAAUUUUUGAUAAUUAAUCUUUUAUUGAACACAAAUUUAUUGCAUUACUUAAAGAAACGAAUAAUGAACUAAUGAAAAAAUCUUAGAAGUUUUAGGAAAUUUAUUAAGUAUUGUUUCACAACCUGAUUCAAAUACAAAGGGGCAUUAUUUCCUCUGCACCCUGUUUUAUGGUUGCAUAACAAAAUACCAUGUACCUUACAAGUCAUUAGUAUUAUGGGAAGUAUCCUGCUUGAUCAGUUUGUAAAUACAGUGAUAAAAUGUAAAAAAAAAUCUAAUUAUUGUUACCUUGUUGGCAUUUAUUAUGGAAAAAUUAAAAAUGUUACAAAUGCUA